AUGGCGGAGUACUAUGAUGAUUAUUCGUCAGAUGAGGAAAUAAUUGAAUUUCGUCGACGAAACGAGGAGGCGAAGAAAGCGCGUGAAAGAGCACGAAAACAACUGCUUGAGGAAAAAAUUUCCCCAAGAAUCAUGUACUUUAACAGACCGUAUCGGGAUAUGCAAAUCAGCUACGCGAAACGUAAAAACCGAGCCGAUGCGGAUACGGACACCACUCGUGUCCGUCAAAUUGCUCGUGACGCGACGGCUCGCAUAUCGGACGAGUAUACGGCAGCAUUGUCGAAAACUCAGGAAAAGGACAGACAAACUUUGGAAUACAUUGACGAGCUAUUGAAUCAAACAGCCCUACCGUAUGGAAGUUUACGCANUGUGCCGAUUACACGAUACUAUCCGCGCGAAGAGGAAUACGAGGAGGCACGGGACGCUGGUGUGUCAGAAUAUCGAGCACACACGUUGAAUAGCGAGUAUCGUGGUGACAGAGCGAGCUCGAAUACGGUGAGGUCCAAUGAAGGCAAACCAUCCGAAACCGCGCGCGAGCGUGUUCGUCGUAUUGAGGCACACUUGGACGGGAUAUUGGAUUACGAAAUUCCGAGUGCAGAGAAUUUCAAAAAUAUGCGUCACUCGUUGAGGAAUAUCAAUGACAAGAUUGUGACACACAAAUUGAUCCUGGAUCGACGUGCGGGAGUCAAUCUGAACGACGAUGAGGAUGACAAACGAAAGGUCUCGGAAAGAAUCGAUGAAAAGUAUCGAGAAUUGGAAGAUAGGAUGCCAUGUCUUUCUGUCUCAGAGCGCAACAAGUACAAGCAUCAUAGUAGCCGCUUCGAUCCCAACAUGAUUCCGGGCUACAUCACCGGCCUGAGCAUUACGAAUUCAGAACAGAAUGCCGAAUUGCGUGGACGCAUUCGCACCUUGCUUUGCCGCACUCGUCGCACGACUGGAUCAGGCGAGGCACACACGGGCACGGCUCGCCGACGCAAGGAAGUCACCAUCAAGGGAUAA